AUGGGUGGGCAAUUCCAAGGCCACACUGCCCACCAUCAGCUCACCACACUCAACCACAAGCCACACACCAGCAAGCACAAGGAUCAGCAUAUCAAGCAAACCAGCACAUCAUUCAUACUGCACACCAUCAACCAGACCUAUGUGCACCUCAAUGGGGUGCACAUCACCAUGACCCACACACUCAGCAACACCCAGAGCUACAAGCCAUUCACCACCACCAACCACCAACACCACACAGCCAGUUACACCAUGUCACCAAUCCCAUUCAUCAGAUCCAUGGACAUGGGGGCCAUGCCAGACAAUGCAAGCGUCAUUAUUGCAAGUGACAGGCUGUGGGACAUGAUUGACCAUUGCAAGGCAGUGCAGAUUGUCUGA